AUGAUGACGCUAAAUGCGAUCUCGUUGUAUGACGAUCUCGGUGAUUCUGAAUCGUCGUCAGCCACGAAGCCAUCAACAAAAACCGAUGGCGAAAAGUCGGAGCCAGAUGCAGAAGCAUCGAACCGGAAAAGAUUACGAUCCGAAGAGGGUGAUAAAAAUUCCCAAGGUGAUGAGAAAGAUACGAUAAAAUCGAAGGCCGGGAACGCGGCUGAUAAGCAAACUGAAAACAAUUCGGGUGUCGGCACGGUGAGUUUGCUGAGUGUAUGCGGAUGGCGUAAGGGUGAACGUGAGGAGAUGCAAGAUGCACACGUUCUUGAGGAUCACUAUGAUAUAAUCACAGGUGAUAUCAAGGCAUGUGCCCUUUAUGGUAUAUUCGAUGGUCAUGCCGGUAAGAGAGCCGCGCAGUUCAGCUCGCAACGAAUGCCCACAAUUCUUAAGGAUAAACUCUCAGCAUGUGCGAGACCAACAUGGAAAGAUGGCACAACUGCAACGACGGUACUCAUCUUUAACACGAUUGUUUAUUGUGCGAAUAUUGGCGAUUCAAGGGCGGUUGUAUGUCGAGAGAAAAGUGACGGUAGCGUGGUGGCGUUGCAGUUGACAUCGGAUCACUCACCGUUGCAAUUCGAUGAACGUAUGAGAAUUCAGAAAGCUGGUGGAACUGUGAAAGAUGGUCGAAUAAUGGGUAUUUUGGAAGUGUCGCGAUCCAUUGGCGAUGGACAGUUCAAGGCGCAUGGUGUUACGUGCGUGCCAGAUGUGAAAAAAUUUAGCAUCACUUCAGAGGAUCGGUUCAUUUUGAUUGCGUGCGAUGGUUUGUGGAAAACGUUCAGCAAUCAAGAGGCAGUUGAGUACGUACUCAAGAAGUCGAAACAAUCUGUUAAGACAGAAAACACGAAUGAGAGCGAAGAGAGCCUCAUUGACGCGCGUUAUGUGCAGUGGGAACGGACAGCCGGUGAAAUAGCCGCAGAAUCGGUGCGGAAAGGUUGUGGAGAUAACGUUUCUGUCAUUAUCGUUGUUCUGAAUGAUCGUAACAAUUCAUCACGAUCGUUAUCAUAA